AUGACAACUGGAAAGAGCUUGCCUCAGGUUCUGGAUAUCCGGCGGACCAGAUGCGAAAGCAUCAUCAGCCAUGAUAUCCGGGACGGGAUCCGGAGGGAGCCCCGUACGCUCCCCAUCAUGAUCCUUUACAGUGAGGAAGGCCUUCGACACUGGGAUCGUCAUUGCCAUGCACCGGAGUAUUAUCUAUUCCAUGAGGAGUUGCGGAUACUCCGUCAGCAGGCUCUCAGCAUGGCGGAAGCAAUCGAGGACAACAGCGUGGUCGUUGAUUUUGGAAGCGCUAGCGCCUGGCUGAUGAAUCCAACCGCAAUGCCAUACAGGAGUUUAGACAAAACUAUUCUUCUCCUCGAAGCCUUGGAGACAUGUCAAAAGCAAAUCACUUACUAUGCCCUGGACCUUAACAAAGCCGAGCUCGUCGAGAAUCUCAAAUUAAUCCCAAUUGAUAACUUCAGAUAUGUCCGCUGCUCCUCCCUUCAUGGCACAUUUGAUGAUGGAUUAGAAUGGCUUAAGCACACACCAGAUAUUUGCGACAGGCCACACUGCAUCCUCUUCCUAGGUUCAACAAUCGGCAACUUUUCUCGGAAAGGCGCUACGAGCUUUCUGAGCCAAAUUGCCUUACAAGCCCUGACUGGCUCGCCAGCUCGAAGCUCCAUUUUCCUCACAGUGGACAGGUGCAAGUUGCCGAGCAAGGUUCUUCGUGCAUAUAACUCGGAUGGAUGUGAUUCUUUCACACUUACAGGCUUGCAGUAUGCGAGCUCAGUGCUGAAGGAGGAGAGCCCAAACGAGUGCAAUGGAACGACUUUCUGCAGCGAUGACUGGCACUUUGUCAGUGAGUGGAACUGUGCACAAGGCCGGCAUGAAUCAUCGUAUACUCCUAAAUCAAGAGAUGUGCGUCUGGGGCCACCUCUCAGCGACAUUGUUAUCAAAAAAGGAGAGAAGGUUCGUUUUGCAUACAGUCACAAAUACGAUGAAUGCGAGCUGCGAAAUCUCUUUGCUGGGGCCGGGUUACGGAAUGUCAAAACAUGGACAGCCAAUGGCUGCGAUCUCGCCUUCUUUCAGCUAAAACUAGAUCCCAACAAACAACUGCACCUUCUGGACACCGAUGCCCAUAGGAAAUACGGCCCAAUAUUCCGCGCUGCGCCAAAUUAUGUCAUGGUUAAUGACCCGGCAUAUAUCCACGAAGCCCACAAGUGGAACCGGACGGACUGGUUCAUCACGCUGGAUCCUCAGUAUAGUCUAGACUCUGCAUACGAGAUGGAAUCAUUGAUUGACAGCUCUGUCAUGGAGCUUAUCCAGAUUUUGAGGGACAAGUUUGCACUGACUGGCAAUCCUUGUGACAUCUCUGACCACAUACACUGGUUCGCGUUUGACACUAUAAUGGAGCUAGCUUUUAGUCAUCGAGUUGGCUUCCUCAAGAAUGGCAAAGAUGUCCAAUUUAUCAUUGGUUCCCUCAUGUCACUUUUUGGUAUCACAAGACUGAUGACCACUUUUCCGGGGCUCCAGAAGUUCAUCAAUCACCGCUGGGUCUCUCCAAUUUUGGGCCCUAAGACCACAGAUCAAUACGGACCUGGGCUCGUUCGAGGUAUUGCUAUCCAGGAGGUGCAGGGCCGGUUGCGGGUUCAAAAUCCUACUCAAACCAGAGAUCUCUUACAACGGUUCUUAGAGUACAAGGACCCACAGGGCAGGGGAACUCCCACAAAAGACCUGGAAGUUGAGGCUUUCACGCCUGUGAUCGCUGGCCCUGAAUCGGUAGCUACUGUUCUCAGAAUCGCUGUUCUCUAUAUAAUCUCCACGCCCCAUGUCUAUAGAAAGCUUGUGGAGGAGCUCGACAGUCAGGACAGGUCUGGCACUCUUUCAUCACCUAUUACGUUCAGAGAAGCAAAAAGCCUUCCUUACCUGUCCGCAUUGGUCAAGGAAGUAUUUCGAAUUCACCCCCCAAUCGGUGCAUUAGAACACCAUUCCCACGUGCUGUUCCACCCGGAGGCACCCAAAUCUGCGGCUAUUAUCUCCCGGCAGGGUGUGAGUACGUGGGCACUGGGUCGAAACAAAACCAUAUUUGGAGAGGAUGUCGACCGUUUCCGUCCUGAACGGUGGCUUGAAGCGAGCAGGGCAGUGGUCCGUGAGUAUGAGAAAGCUGACCUUACUUUUGGUGCGGGUCUCACAACAUGCCUUGGGAAGCAUAUUGCUCUUUUUGAGAUCUAA